GCCUGCCUUGUGCUGGCAAAGUCGUUCUUGUUGUUGUUUUGAUUCGGUCUAAGUUCUGAUGCUCCGUGUAAAAUGUCAAUAAUCGUAGGAAUUUUACGAUGAUUCUGCGGGGAAUUUGUUUUUCAUUGGAGCUAGACAACUUUUUCGUACGCACGAUCCUUCUGAUACGUUUCUUGGGGUUUGGUCAUGUUGCAUUUGUCCGUAAUCUACUGAAAGGGACCGGCCAAGACUCUCUACGCUAGGUUAGGUAAAUAUUUUACUUCUUCAUCAACGACUUGGGCCUCCAAAUUUGUUGAAUUUUUGCUGGAAGUCUUCAAGCUUGUCCCUCUAACCUCACACUUCAUUUCAAGACAUUUCACACCAUCACCAUGGGUAGCUUAGAAGCUGGAAGUACUGCAACUAGAGUCGACAUUUCGAUUUGCCGCAGAUUUGGACACAUCAAAGUGUCACGGAUAGUAUUUCUACUAUGCUUUCUGCUGCUGUUAUUACCCUUCAUAACUCAUUACUAUUUAUCAAAGGUGGAGAGUGGAAACCAAAGUAAUGAUGCAAAUCAUAUUCGUUUCAAGCUAGAAGCUCUUGAGGACCUGGGUGCCCUGAAAGCAUCAGAUUUAAGAUUAAGAAUACAGGAAAUGGAACGUAUCAAAGGUUCUGUUUCUGCUGAACUUCGUGAUCUGGAGGCCAAACGACAGGGUCUUCAGCAGGAAAUUUCAUCUUUAACAAGCCGCAUUGAGGAUUUAAAAACAGAGCUUUCAAGACAAAAGACUGAACUAGAACGAGUUAAAAUGUCAGUUGUGCAGGCACAAGUUGCUCAGAGAGAGGCAGAGCAGAGAAACGCACCUCAGCUCAGUUUACCUGGCAGGCUUUUCCCUAAUGAGCUUCAACGGAUCCUGAAUGCUGCUCCACAUGAAAGUGCUUCUCAUAUUCACUGUCGCCAACACAACUGCUUUGAUUAUUCACGUUGCUCAAUCACCUCUGGGAUGCCAGUAUAUGUGUAUAGUGAUGCUCUAGGAGAACUGAGCUCUUUCUUGCACACGGCUUUACAACAAACUUUAAGUUUUAAUCUACACAUCACAAAGGAUCCCAAAGUAGCUUGUCUCUUUUUUGUUCCCAUUGGCCAUGAAGCUGACCUCAAGCAAUUAUCGCAACUUCCCCACUGGGGAGGAGAUGGUCGGAAUCAUGUUUUAUUCCAUCUUUCUCGAGAGAGACUGCAGCCUUCUGCUGCUUUGAUGACAUCGAAGUUGACUGACAGAGCUAUUCUUGUGCAGUCGACUUUCAUUCAAAGCUCUUUUCGGCCUGGCUUUGAUGUUGUCAUAUUCCCAGCCUUGGGUCCCCCUGGGGGAGAUGUAUGGCAAGACUGCGCUCCAAUGCUUCCAGCCAGAAGAGAUUUUCUGUUAACAUUUCAGGGUGAAUUAUGGAGUUUGGAUGGACCUGGUGAAGCGUUACAGUGGGCACUAGAGCAACUUCAUGGAAUGGCAGCAGGCACUACCUCUGAUCGCUUCCAGCUUGAGUUUUCUUGUCAACCAGCUACAGAAAAAGAGGAUCUGUGGGGAGACUGGUCUAUGUGUGGGACAGAAGCAUCAAGGCAAGCUCUGUUAAGAAAGUCUACAUUCACCUUAAUUCUAGUGCCUUCCAAUGCAUCCCUUGUUUCAACCGCCACACUUCAAGCAAGAUUGUGGGAGGCCUUGAGAGAUGGAGCAAUUCCUGUUGUGCUUGGAGGAGAUACUCUUCUGCUACCUUACAGUGAAGUAGUUGUUUGGCGCCGGGCAGCUCUUAUUUUGCCCCUCUCACGUGCAUCUGAAUUGCACUUCCUGCUGCGGUCUGUGAGUGACACAGACUUAUCAGCAAUGAGGCGUCAAGGACGCUUCAUUUGGCAGAGUUAUGGUGCGUCUCUGCAGAGUAUCUUGGACACCAGCCUUGCCGUAAUUCGGGACAGAAUUGGCAUCCCUCCACCGCCAGUAGAGGAUGCUCCUUCUCCGUCAGUCUUCAACUCAACAUUUUCUCCUUUGAAGACUGAAGCCUUGGUUGCUGAUGCAGAACCAGAGGAAAGCCUUGGGCCUCUAGAGCCUCCUCAUGCCUCCCCUUCAUUCCGUAGAAAUUACACAGUGUUUCUCACACAGGGCUUUGAGAUGUGGAAUGAUUGGGGAGACCCCUUUCAUUUGUAUCCUCAGCUUCCAUUUGAUCCAUUAUUGCCAUCAGAUGCCAAAUUUAUAGGAUCUGGUGUCGGUUUUCGACCCAUUGGAAAAGGCACAGGAGGAGCUGGCAAAGAGUUCUGUGAGAGCUUGGGGGGAAAUAGUCCCAGGGAGCAGUUCACCAUUGUUAUGCUUACCUAUGAGCGAGAACAGGUUCUUAUGAAUUCUUUAAGUCGUCUCCAUGGGCUCCCCUACUUAAAUAAGGUGGUGGUUGUUUGGAAUUCCCCUCGUGCACCCCUAGAAGAUCUAAGAUGGCCUGAAAUUGGGGUUCCUGUUCAAGUUGUAAAAGCAGCAAGAAAUUCUUUGAAUAACCGUUUCCUGCCUUAUGAUGAAAUUGAAACUGAAGCUGUUCUCUCUGUAGAUGAUGAUGCUCAUCUUCGACAUGAUGAAAUUAUGUUUGGUUUUAGAGUGUGGAGAGAGCACCGUGAUCGUGUAGUUGGAUUCCCAGGAAGAUUCCAUGCAUGGGACAUAAACCAUGGUGGCUGGUUAUACAACUCCAAUUAUUCAUGUGAACUCUCAAUGGUUCUAACUGGUGCAGCAUUCGUCCACAAACAUUAUUUAUAUCUGUACAGCAACUGGUUGCCACAGGCUAUCAGAGAUAAAGUAGAUCAAUUUAUGAAUUGUGAGGAUUUAGCAAUGAAUUUCUUGGUUUCUCACAUAACAAAGAAACCUCCAGUUAAGGUAACUUCUAGAUGGACAUUCCGGUGCCCAGGAUGUCCUGUUUCUCUGUCUGAGGAUGACACCCAUUUUCAAGAGCGACACAAAUGCAUCAACUUUUUCUCCCAGGUAUUUGGCUAUACACCUCUGCUGAACACACAGUACCGAGCUGAUUCAAUCCUUUUCAAAACUAGAAUUCCUCAUGACAAACAGAAAUGUUUCAAAUUUAUUUAAAAGUCAUUUGGUGUUUAUAGUCAACUGCCACAGUGUUGCUAUGUUUGCCCACUUAUUUAUUUUCUUUUGUUAAGGUUUAGAUUAUUUUCUUACACAGAAGUUUUGACAAUAAAAUAAUCUUACAGUAGUUACUUUUUCUUGACUCAUGCAAAGAAUUUCAUGAAGCUUUCUGAAAAAAUAAAUUGUGUACUUGUGUUUGCAGAUUUGUGAGGGACCAGUUCCUUUUAUUUAUUCCUCUAGAUCUUCUGUAAAAUACUCAACUCAAAUGAAUUCAUGUUAAGUUUGAUUUCCACUUUGUGCUACUUGCCACUCUAAGUUUUUAGAUUGAAUGUUUAAUUGUGUCUGUGUGUGCCGGAGAAAGUGAUGUAUUGACAUCAUGAUCUCUGAGAUUGAAUGUUGUGACUUGAUUUGAAACAAAAUUCUUAGUACUCAUUUCUAUCAACAUGAAAUGUCCUUUUGCUCUUGUUCAAAGUUUUUCUUUCCUCCAAGUAAAGACUGGCUGUGCUUCUCAUUCUCUUCAUGCUCAGUGUAACCUUUUUUUUUUUUUAACAAUAAUGUGUCUCCCCAUGAAUAUUUAUUUAUUUCCAUAUUGUGUAGAGUCCUUUUUGUUUCUUUUUCUGUACUUUUUUUUCCAGUGUGAGCUACAAUGUUUAGUGCCAUGUAUGUAAUUUCUGUGAUAUUGUGAAAGUUUGUUCAGUUUUAGCAAGAGAAAGAGCAGAACGCUCUGUUUGCCAAUGAUUUACAGUGUCUUAUUAUGGUUUAGUUUUGAAUAUUAGGUAAGCACUCAGUCCUUUUUUGGCACAAUGUUUGCUUAUUUAUUUAUUUAUUUAUUUAUAGAGUCAUGACUUUUAUUCUAUGACUAUUGGACACAGUAUUGUAACCAGUACUUAUCAACAGCCUCAAAUCUUGGAACAGUUUUGUGGUUUGGACUUCAAUAUGCUGUCUUUUGUCUUAUCAUGUGCCAGCACCUUUGUCACUUAGUUCGUUACAAUUAAUGUAAAUAUUAAAUUAUUCUUUUUAAGUAAAAA